AUGAAACGCGCGAAGGACAAGUUCGACGCGGACCGACAGGCCAUCUUGUUGAUCCCGGUCGUCGCCGCGUUCGUGGGGUGGUUCACGAACUGGCUCGCGGUCAAGAUGAUCUUCUAUCCCAUCACCUUUCUCGGCGUCGCGCUCGCGCAAAAAGUCGAAGGCGAGCUGUGGGGGUAUCCGAUAUUAAACCCGCUCGGGGUGUUCGGGUGGCAAGGGAUCGUCCCCGCGAAGGCGGCGCAGAUGGCGCACACGAUGGUCACGAUGGUCACGACGAAGUUGAUCGACGUCCAGGAGGUUUUCAUGCGGUUGAACCCGGACGUCGUCGCGUCGUUGCUUUCGAAACAGGCGCCGUCGAUCGCGGAGGAGGUGGCUCGAGACGUCGCCCCGAACUGGGUCGUCGACUUGGGCGAGAACGCGCUCCCGUCGAGCGUCGUGACGCCGCACUUGGAGGACGGCGUGCGGAGGUACUUGUCCGGGUUCGUGCGUCUGCUGCAGCGGAACGUCGACCGCGUGAUCGACUUGAAGGAGCUCGUCGUCGUGGAGAUGUGCGAAGACAAGAGGACGCUGGUGGAGCUGUUUCGACGCUGCGGCAGGGAGGAGCUCAAGUUCCUCGUGAACAGCGGGUUAUUCUUCGGAUUUCUGUUGGGGUGCGUGCAGGCCGGGGUGUGGUUGUUCUACGACAACCCGUGGACGCUGACGAUCGGCGGCACGAUCGUCGGUUUGGCCACGAACUGGAUCGCGUUGAAGUGCAUCUUCGAGCCGAUCGAGCCGUAUUACCUCUUCGGAAACGCGAAGCUGAAGAUCCAAGGGCUCUUCUUACAGAGGCAGACGGAAGUCAGCGGCGAGUUCAGCGACCACCUCGCGAGUAAGGUGCUGACGAGCGAGAAGAUUUGGGAUAACAUGCUGCAGGGCGACCGCGCCGGGGACUUCGAGGAGCUUCUGGAGGGGUACACGAGGGAUUUCGUGACGAGCGAGGCGGCGUAUCAAGGCCGCGGGAUGCUCUCCGGGCUCGGGUUCGGCAGGACCGCGACCGUCGAAGACACCGCAUUACUCGACGAGGUCGUCGCGAAAGUGAAAGAGCGUCUCUUGGACCACGUCCACGUCCUGCACGAGUACACGGACGACACGUUGGCGUUGAAGGAGUUGAUGCGAGAGCGAAUGGCGCUCAUGACGCCGAGGGAAUUCGAACGCGUGCUCCAUCCCAUCUUCGAGCAGGACGAGCUCACGUUAAUCAUCAGCGGCGCGGUGCUGGGCGCGAUCGCGGGGUUCGCGCAGCAGGUCUGGAGCGUGAGCGUGGACGACGGAGGACGGAAGAAGGCGACGUCGGAGCCCGAGCGAGAGAUUGACUUUAGCGAGCUCAACGACGUCGAGCUCGCGGAGCUCAUCGCGGAGCUUCGGAAGGACCUCGUGGAUAAUCCGAUCAGUCGGAAGUACAUGGACGCGUUCGACGAGGACUUCGUGAACGGCACCGUGGGUCGGGAAACGAUGCGCCAGUAUCAGAAGUACCGCUCGAUCGUCCCGAAGCCGCGGAAUUACGACGAGUGA